CACCCUAGGGGUGUGGUAGGGAUUCCAGUCCUACUGCUUCAAAGUUGAUCAGCUUCAGAAUCAAAUGAGCCUUACAGCCGACCGGUGUCGUAACCUACCAACCGACGACAGCAGUUUUUAAGGAAAACGGAAGAGAAAGGGCAACAGGUGCUUGGCCUACAAAGAGAAAUACAUAAAACAAUACAUCAAGCGCAAGUUAAUAAGUCGUGAUAUUCCUUGACACGCCAUUGCGUGAGAGAAUGUCUGAAACGGAGAGAAACGUUUGUAUACUGUUGAAACCGAAGCCUCUCUCUCUCUCUCGGUGGCCUUGCUGAAACACAGGACAGAGGUAGCAGGAAGAGACUAUUUAAAAACGGCGACCCCGAAUAUGGAUAAAGCUGGGAAGAAGAAGUUGAAGUGUCCUCUGUGGCCUCAGAUUGAUAAAGUCAACCAGUGUCUCCCUUUUCUCCGCUGAAGGUACAAGCUCCGGGUCUGUGCAACUUUUAAAAGCGAGCACGAACAGUCAGACUGACGCUGCACUCUGCCUGAAGCGAGGAAUAGAAUUUCAAGGUCCAGCCAUGGGUGAACCAGCUCAACCAGAGCCAAGAGAUGGACCAGAUCAGCUCCUGCCGGCCACAUCCAAGAAAGUCUGGGAGGCGGACCAUCCGGUCCAACUGCAUGUGACUAGACAUGGAAUGGCUUCGGAUGAACCAAUAUCGGUCUACACAAUGUUCAAAAGAGUCGCCACCGCGCAUCCUAAGCAACCUGCUCUGGCUGUUAAGAAGGGCAAUGCUUGGAAGUACUGGACUUUCGAGGAGUACUUCAACGAAGCAAGAACAGUGGCCAAAGCGUUGAUCAGACUUGGCCUAGAGAGAUUCAGAGGAGUCUGCAUCAUGGGCUUCAAUUCUCCUGAGUGGGCCAUCUCUAAUUUUGGUACCGUGUUUGCCGGAGGCCUUAUGGCGGGAGUCUAUCCGAGCAACUUGCCAGACGCAUGCAGGCACAUUGCCGAAAACUGCAGGGCGCAGAUUAUCAUCGUCGAGAACGAAGUAGCUUUGAAUAAAUUCCUGGCAGUGAAAAAGGAGUUGCCGGAUAUAAAGGCUAUCGUGCAGUGGUCUGGAGUUCCUGGUGCACCAGGAGUGCUGUCGUGGGCAGAGUUAAUUGCAAUCGGUCUAGCAGAGAAAGACAACGCUCUUGAAGAACGUCUGUCUUUGCAAGCUAUCAACCAAUGCUGCACUUUGAUUUACACUUCAGGUACGACUGGGCCUCCGAAAGGUGUCAUGUGUUCUCAGGACAACUUAACUUGGACUGUAAAGGAAUUUCACCUUUUGCUCACGCAAAAAUUGACUACGAGAGUCAUUGUCUCUUACCUUCCACUGAGCCAUAGUGCUGGUCUGCUACUGGAUUUGUAUUUGAGUGUUUACUGUGCUGCAACAGUUUACUUUGCUCAGCCUGAUGCACUGAAAGGAUCGUUGGGAAAAACUCUUGUGGAGGUGCAGCCAACGCUAUUCUUGGGAGUACCAAGAAUAUGGGAAAAAAUGUAUGAAAAGUUGCAGGACAUUGAAGCUAAUGAAGGAAUCGCCAAGAGGUCUGUGGCCAACUGGGCAAAGUCUCAGGGUCUUAACUACUACACAGCUCUUCUGUCAGGGAGAACUCUGUCUGUAAGCGAGAGAAUGGCCUACGCCUCCGCCAAGAAAUUGUACAUAGACAAAGUCAAAGCCGCGCUAGGUCUAAAUCGGUGUGAAACUUUUGUAACAGGAACUGCUCCUAUAGCCAAGGACAUACUUAGUUAUUUCAUGAGUGUUGGCAUACCCAUCUGUGAAGGGUGUUCCACGUCAGAAAGUUUAAGUGUUGGAGGUAUGAAUGAACUCGCCCCAGGACAAUACAAGUUAGGGAGCAUAGGAAGGCCAAUGAAACAAGCAACCAUGGAGUUGAAACCCCACCCUUUGGCUAAGCCUGGCGAAGGUGAAAUUACUUACAAAGGACGAUGUAUUUCCAUGGGCUAUUUACGGAUGCCAGAAAAAACUAACGAAGCUAUUGGUGAUGACGGAUGCCUCCACACCGGUGAUUUAGGGAGACUGGACGAAGAGGGCUUCUUCUACAUCACAGGACGCAUCAAGGAAAUCAUCAUCACUGCGGGGGGUGAAAACAUUCCGCCGAAGCUCAUUGAGGAGCACAUCAAGAGAGAGGUUCCAUUCCUCAGUUCCGCUAUGGUUGUCGGAGAUAAGAGAAAUUAUCUGACCAUACUGCUUACCUUGAGUGCUGAAAUGAAUCCGGACACGGGAGAACCUCUCCAAAAGCUAACGGAUGGCUGCCAGUUCCUUCUGAGGGAAAUAGGAUCUCAGGCGCAGACGGUGACGGAGGCCAUGGCAGAGAUAAAGGCCAAUCCAGGUGGACCUCUCGCUUCUGCAAUACAACGGGGCAUUGACAGGUACAACGAAGUGCACGCCAUAUCCAACGCUCAGAGGAUCCGGCGCUGGACUGUCUUACCUGCUGACUUUUCCGCUCAAGGGGGCGAACUGACCAGCACCCUUAAACUGGUGAGGUCCAACGUUGUGGAAAAAUAUAAAGAUGUUAUCGACGAGAUGUAUAACACUCCUAAUCCGGUUAAAGUAACAAGCAAACUUUGAAAUUACAGUGGUUAUAUUUCAGCUGUUCUUGAAACGUAUAUAUGUUUACUAAUGAGAAUCCCACUGCCUUAUUUCCUUAGAUUUUUGUUUUUUGGUCGUUUUUUCUAAUGGUCCUCAUUGCGCGCAAAUACCACACAACUGUAAUGAAUAUUUCAAUUGCGUCUUGUUUUCACGACUCAUAUCUGCGGCUGCGCAGUUACUUACAAAAGAUGAGCUAUAUGUUCAAUGUAAUAUUGUUAAAAUAUUUUGCUUGUAUAUUUUCCAUCAUAGUGCUGAAACUGUUUUGGUAAUUAUAUUUGAGAAACAUUUAUUGGGCUUUAUGUUAUAUUAUAGGAUAUUUUUGUUUAGACAUUUCGCCAUAGAGAACCUUGCAAAAAUGACUACUGCAGGUAGUAAUCUAGUGAAUAUUUACCUCUACUGGAACACCUGCAAUUAUAUAGGUAUUUCAAAUCUUAUUUAAAACUGACAUUGAAUUUGCUUCGGUAGCUUUGAAAUUUAAAUUUUCUUUUCAUACAGACUGUGUUCCUAAAUAUGUGCUUAAUAAAAUAUAAAUAUUUAGCAUUUCCA